CCGGCUUGAAAACUACACAAGUUGGGAUGUGCAGUUCGAAAUUUCCAUACGAUUUCUGUAUUAAAAAUUUACCAUGGACCUUUUAAACUUUUAUUACAAAAUGUGGCAACCCCGUUAAAACACCAGGCAAUCGAAAACCACCGCGCUAAAGCCACAAAAUUCUGUAUAAAUUGAACUGAAAUUCUAAUUAAUUUAACACUUUUAUUGAUGUACCACUAACAUUUCAAGUAUGUCAGAAAAUCAUUCAAAAUGCCUAGUACUAGCCAAGAGCUAUUAUUGGAGAAAAUUGAAAUUGAAACAACCGCAGAGACAUUUCGGCUGCUUUUCUUGUUCUCAUAACUAUUACUCCUGUCAAACGUUCACCCAGUUGUGAUUGAAUAGACUCCUACGGCUUGUCGCUGGCACAAGGCGGUUGUUACUCUGGCAAUCAACUUUUUUAACAGAAUAAAUUACUAUGGUAAUUUGAAAAAGAGCUGGUUCAAAUUCGGUACGGUAGAUCAGCUGCAAAUUGAAAGUUAUUGCAAGGGCCCAUUCCUCGACUUUUGAGUGUUAUUAGUGGAUCCUUUGUGAAGAACCGUCAUGUCUCCAUCUUUGAGAAGUCUUGGAUUUUUUGCUGUUCUGUGCCUGCUUUCCCUGAAUAUGGUGACUCCAACUCAAGGACUGACUGAAAUAUCCAUAGGGGCGGUGUUUUCUACAGAACUUGGAAUGAACAGAACCAUGGAAGAAGAAGCAUUUAGAAUUGCUCUUGAUCACGUUAAUAACGACACAGUUAACUAUCCGGAGAUCAAACUACGAGGUUUGAUAAGGUUUGCAAAUUCGACUGAUGACUUUGAUAAUAUAGAACAAGUUAAUAGUUUACUGAACAGUAACAUCUCGAUACUGAUUGGUCCAAUGGAAACGUCUGCCGUUGUUGUCACCCACCCUCUCUGUAGCAGAGCGGGUGUCCCUCAGAUAGCUCCGCUGACCAGUCUGGAAGGGAUACCCGUAGGUAAUACUGACUCAAACUAUUUAGUACGUAUGAGUCCUACAGAGAUGCUCAAGGCAAAGGUAUUAGCAGAAAUAAUAAAGAAUUACAAGUGGGAAACGAUGGCAGUGAUCGGAUACCAAGAUGACCAAGGUAAAGUAUGUGAUCUACGUUUAAUGAAGGGGCAGCUAAAAGGCCAGGUGCUAGGAAAGUUGAAGAAAACUCAAGCCACCCGACUGUUGGUCGCGUUCUGUCCAACGUGGACCGUCAGCAAGCUGAUGCAAUAUGCAGAUAGUGUGAAGGAUUUCGACAUCAGCAACUGGACAUGGAUAUUUUCGGACUUAGGAAACAAGAAGGGCGACCUCCUCGACGAUGCCUCCGGUGAUGUCCCGACCUACAUGCGGGGACUGCUCGGUAUCAAGCCAUCCGUUGGUAAGGGAGCUCGCUAUCAAGCUUUCAAAAAGGCUUGGGAACAGCGCAUGCCGGGAAAAGAAAUAUCGGUAUCGGCAGGUCGAGUAUAUGACUCAGUAUUAUUGGCUGCUGAAGGAAUCAAGAUGGCCACGAAAAACGGAACGGUUUUAUCCAGCAGUCGCCAUUAUCGGGGUUUUUGUAGCAGUUCUGAGACACAGCAGGAAAAUACCAGUGGAAAAGAACUGGCUAAACACUUGAACGAGGUCAGAGUUGACGGUGUUAUGGGUAGAAUUCACGCCAACGAUCCAGAUUAUUCAGCUCAAUUUGAUGUCGUGAAUCUGAGACGCAGUGGAGAAUACAAGGUUGGAGAGUGGAAUGAAAAGAUAGAUAUGUUUAAGAACGAAACACCAGUGUGGUCGUCAGGCAGCACAAGAACACCACUUGACAUCCCAAAUAUCCUCAAAGGCAAAACUCUUAACAUAGCCACGAUUUUGGCUCCACCAUUCGUUAUGUUGAAAAACGACGGUAACUCAUCCCCGAAUACAACUGAGGAAUUUGAAGGCCUUAGCAUCGAUAUUUUGGAGGAGAUGAAGAAGAAAUUGAAGUUCAAUUACAGGAUAUAUCUUGUUCCUGAUGGAAAAUUUGGAGUGAGAGACAGAAAUACUUUACAGUGGAAUGGUGUAGUGGAAGAGAUAAUUAGUCAGACAGCUGACAUGAGUAUUGCACCAAUGACUAUUAGCUCUGAUCGUCAAACAGUGUUGGAUUUCACUCAGCCGUACAUGACCUUUGGACUGGCCUUCAUGAUGCGUGUUCAGGAAGUGAAAGUGAACUAUUUCAGAUUCUUGUUACCAUUCGGCCAGAAUCUGUGGAUAGCAAUUUGUGUGCUGGUGAUGGUUAUGGGGUUUUUAUUGUGGAUCUGUAGUCUCUUCAGUCCGUGGGGAUAUUACGGAAGAUGCCUUCAAGUUAAACCAUCCAAACAGCUUAAACCAGAAGUCAUCAAGGAAGCUGAAACCUUGAGCUUAAGCAACUCUGUUUGGUCAUCGUGGAAGGCGUAUGUUCGACAGGGCGCCGAACAUCCUAGGUCAUGGUCCGGGAGAAUGACGGUAUCUGUUUUCUGGUUCGCUGUGAUGAUCAUCAACGCCACAUACACAGCCAAUCUGGCCGCUCAUCUCACUGUGUCCCGGAUGCAAACACCCAUUGAAACUAUUUCUGACUUGGCGCGUCAAACUCGCAUUGAGUACGGAACACUCAAAGAUUCACAGCUCCAGACGUUUUUUAAAGAAACAGAUGUUCCAAGUUACCUGGUAAUGGGACAAUUCAUGGAGCAGCGCAAGACAUGGAUGCCUGGUUACGAAGCUGCCAUCAACAGAGCGAUGGAGGGUGACUUUGCCUUUAUCUCGGACCGGCCCAUUUUGGAUUAUGUUUCACGGCAAAAGAAGUACUGUGGCAAAAUGAAGGUCACUGGCGGAUUUGGAAACACCUAUGGGUAUGGCUUUGCUUUUGCUCGGGACUCUCCCUACACGCCCUUGUUCAAAAUGGAGUUGUUUCGGCUUCAAAAUGAUUUUAUAAUCAGCAGUCUGACUCAUAAGUGGACAGAGGAGAAAGUGAAAUGUGAAUUGAUGGACAACUUUGAGGAACAGCAGGACAAAGGUAAUACCGUGCAAAAGAUGUCGUUGCAAGGCAUGCUGGGAGUAUUUAUCCUGUUGGUCAUCAGCGUCGUGGUUGGUUUAUUUAUUUUGAUCAUCGAGUGGAUCUACGCUUCAGCCAAGGAUAGCAGAAAGCAAGUGAAAGGACGCCAUACCUGUUGUCAAGCCUUCGGGUCCAGACUCCUGAGAACUCUUAAGGACAUCUUCUGCUCCCAAAAGAAAAUGCGGAUGGAGGAAACACUCGAGUUAAAGAAUUCUGACUAUUGAGAACAGACACUGUACGUCUGAUGACAAGCAACGACCGCCCUUUGUUUAAAUUUUAUUAAUCAAGUAAGCAAUAGCCGUUAGUGAAGUGACAGUAACAAGUUCAGUUUUGGACGUUAAAAGGAGCUCUAUGCCAAGCGUUUUUGAUUUGCUGUAGGGUGAGUUUUUGAUUUAGGAGUUUUAUAGUUCAUAUUAUUUUAUAGCUCAUAGAAUAGUUAUAACAUAAUCCAGGGUAUCCCCAGUUUUAGCAGGUGAGAAGUCUAAAAGUUUAAUUUUUUGCACACAACGUAUUUGUUUUCCUGUUAGGAAGCCUUCUGAAGCUUUGUUUCAUUGUUAUAGCGGAGCUCCGGCGGCCCGAAGGGCCGCCAAGCGGAGCACCAUAACUAUAGGAACAGAACCACAUGUAGAAAUAGAAACCCAUGCAUGGAUCCCAUGGAUCCCAUGGAUCCCAUGCAUGGAUCGCGAGCGCGUGCGCCCAACGACGACGACGACGUCGCGAAACAUGGCGGCCAUUCUCCAGCUAAUACCAAGUGUUGGUU